AUGAUUCAAUUACUUCCUCUAAUUUUUCUGCUAACUGCAUUGUUUGAUGCGGUCCUAUCAUCACCAAUACCAAAAUUAGGUGAUGAUUCAGUACAGUUUGUUCAUGAACAAAAUAAAAAACGUUAUUUUGAUUAUGGUAACAUGGGCGAGCCAAUCCGUGGUGUUAACAUCGGUGGUUGGUUAGUGUUAGAACCUUACAUUACUCCAAGUAUUUUCGAAGCCUUCCGCACAAAUGAUUAUAACGACGACGGAAUUCCUGUUGAUGAAUACCAUUUCUGUAAGUGGUUAGGUUAUGACGAAGCUCAAAAUCGUUUGGUUGAACAUUGGGACAGCUUUUACACUGAAGACGAUUUUGCUAAUGUUAAAAAAUUAGGUUUCAAUAUGGUUAGAAUUCCAAUCGGUUAUUGGGCUUUCGAAACUUUAUCUUCUGAUCCAUACGUAACAGGGCUACAAGAAAGCUACUUGGACAAAGCUAUUGGUUGGGCUUCCAACAAUGGUUUAAAAGUCUGGGUUGAUCUACAUGGUGCUCCAGGUUCUCAAAAUGGUUUUGAUAACUCUGGUUUAAGAGGACAAAUUGAAUUUUUACAGGAUGAAAACUUAAAUGUCACAACCAAAGUCAUCGAUUAUAUUUUGAAAAAGUACUCUUGCGAUGAAUACUUAGACACUGUUAUUGGUAUCGAAUUAAUCAACGAACCUUUGGGUCCUGCUAUUGAUGUUAAUAAGUUAAGAGAUGAUUAUUAUUUACCUGCAUUUGACUACGCAAGAAACGAUUUGAAAACUAAUCAAGUUUUGGUUAUCCAUGAUGCAUUCGAGCCAUAUCACUUCUGGGAUGAUUUCUUAACUUUGACUAACAAAGAAUGGGGUGUUGUCGUUGACCAUCACCAUUAUCAAGUUUUUUCACCGGGUGAAUUAUCCACUACUAUGGAUCAAAAGAUCAAUAUUGCAUGUAACUGGGGGUCUGGUACCAUUAGUGAAUCUCAUUGGACUGUUGCAGGUGAAUUCUGUGCUGCAUUGACCGAUUGUACUAAAUGGUUAAACGGUGUUGGUGUCGGUGCUCGUUAUGACGGUAGUUAUAAUACAGCUGCCGGUGGCUCAUACUACAUUGGUUCAUGUAGCAACAAUGAAGAUAUUGACAGCUGGUCAGAUGAAAGAAAGGCAAAUACUAGAAAAUACAUUGAAGCUCAACUUGAUGCAUUUGAAUUAAGACAAGGUUGGGUUUUCUGGUGUUUCAAGACAGAAAAUAGUAUUGAGUGGGAUGCUCAGAAAUUAGCAUCUAAUGGUUUAUUACCACAGCCAUUGACUGAUAGACAAUAUCCAAACCAAUGUGGUUUCAAUUAA